CUCCCGGGCCGAGAGCACAGAGCCGGAGCCGGGUCGGGGCGCCGCCGCCGAGGCGCGGCCAUGGAGGGGAAGCCCCGCGCCGGGGUCGCGCUGGUCCCGGGGCCGAGCGGCCGCGGGCCUUCCGCCCGCCGCGCCCGCCGCCGCCGCCGCCGCCCGGGGCUGCUGCUGCCCGGCCUCUGGCUGCUGCUGCUGGCCCGGCCGGCCUCGUGCGCGCCAGAUGAGCUCUCUCUGGAACAGCACAACCUUUCUCUAUCCUCCGUGGAGCUCACGCUGAAGAAGAGCACCGUGCACAGCACUGCACAUGUGGCCUUAACAGAAACUGCUCCAGGGUCCCAGCAAAGCCCUUCUCUUCACGUCAUAUCAUCUCCAUCUACCACUCCUUUUGAUACAACCUUUUUUAACCAAGGAAAACUGACCCAAAAUACAGCAGAUCACAGCAUCUUUGUGGCAAAUUACGUGUCAGUGACGAGCAACGAGGUGGUCAUAAAUGAUGAUGAAAUGGAUAACUUUUUGCCAGAAACUCACUGGACCACUUCCCAUGCGGUUUCUUCAAUACAGGAUGUCACAGUCGGCCCACUGGGGCAGCCCGAGGAAACCUUAGACUCUAUGCUGACUCCAUCAUUACCCGCGAUUUCUUUACAAGAUGAAGAAGUGACGUCAGCCUGGCAGAACACAGUGCAGCAACCAACAACGAGUGCUGAGGCCCCCAGUCAUUUCGAUGCUUUUCCGUCAGCUCUUUCCACUUCUGAGGGCAUAAUUCCAACUCCUGGGAGGAAUUUGGUGCUUUAUCCUACUGACACUUAUGGGCACUUACCAAGCAGGACUUUGCCAGAGAUCGUGGCUUCAGGAACAGAGGAUGUGGAAACCCUCCCUUUUAGCGCGCCAUCUUCAGUGCCUCGGCCGUUAGGCGAUGGCAUUACUCAACAGCCAUUUCCCCGCUUGGAGGAGGUCUCACCGUCUCCAGAGGAUGUUCUGGCCACAGGUGCAGACAGAUACCCUGAUGUGACCACUGCUUUGCUUCAAAGUCUGAAAGAAGCCACCUCUCCAAGAACGUACUCUGCUGCAACUGUAUCACAGACAGCCCUUGCUUUCAGCAGCAGCAGCAGCAGCAGCACAAAUUCAGAUUUGUUUUCAACUCCUCUUGCAUUUGUAUCCUUUUCUACUCAACCUGCUGAUGUUUCAUAUAACCCCUUUCUUGCCGGCAACUCCAUCGAAACAUCACAAUCGCCUGGCAAUUCGGUGGUCCCAAGUCAUGUAGCCGAGACUCACGUUGGGAGCCCCAUGUCUUCACUCAGACCGUACACAUGGUGCAUGUCCUGCACUCUGGCGUCGCCUCAGCACGUUCUGUCAACGAGCCUCAUGGAGAAAGACGUGGGAUCUGGGGAUGGUGCUGAGACCCUGUCUGUGACAGUAUUGGAAGUGAGCAGCAUCUCUCCACUGAGCAGCGUAGUAGUGGACUUCUCUGAAUUUGAAGGAGAGCCUCAAGAAUUUAAUACACUUUUUCCCUCAAGACCGAUAGUUCCACUUUCUUCUCGAUCUGUGGAAAUCUCAGAAAGGAGCACUGGUAUUUCAGCCGAGGCGGAUAUGAGUAUUGUUAUGACCACACCAGUGUAUCCUUCCCACGGCCACCUCUCUGUACCAGUGUCACUCGAUACUGCUACUUUGGGCUUGUCCUCUGUCGCUGAAACACAAGUAAUGCCAUCCAGUGUAACAGCUGUGUUUUCCUCGGUCACCACCAGUGUUCUCCUUGACUCAUCUUUCCCCGUCACAGCAAACAAAAACACACCAUCGCUUGCUCUCAGAGACCCAAGUCUUUUUGCGUCUUACACUUUGGCUCCUUCAGUAGAGUCUUCACUUUUCCCUGACCGAGAACCAGCCAGUUUUUCCCAACAUGAAACUGGAAGUAUUUUGGAUUUUGCCUCUAGCUUUUUCUCAACUCCACUGCUGGAAUUCAGCAGCUUGGUCCCCCUAUCUUCAGAAGUACUUUCUUCUCCAUCUCUGAUGUCAAGUGAUUUGUCAGUCUUCUUUUCUCAGACUUUUUCUACCUUGGUUGAGACACUUAUCUUGUCUGACUCUAUCCACUUGCAGUCACCUCAGCUUUCUGUUCCUAAUUCCACAAACCUUGGAUUUUCUCAGCUCCUGCCAAGUUCAGACUUGCUUUUAAAUACACUCACUGUUCUGCCUAGUUACUCUGAAACAUCACUACGGUCCAGCUUCCCCUCUGAUUCUCUCAAGUUCUCUGAAGCAUCAACAGUUUCACUGGCAGAUUCUGAAGGUCAUUUUACCUCAGCCCUCACUGAAACUACCUCCUAUUUUGAGUUUUCACUCAUCUCCCAUGAAUCCGCAGUCACCACACUGGGGCCCUCCAGUUCUGAGCCCACCCUUGACAUUUGGACUGCUGGAACUCACUCAACCUCACUUUUGACUGCUUUUCGUACUACACCCAUUUUAACAGAGUCUUCUCUCUUUUCAACUCUGAUACCUUCCAGUGAGGAUAUCAGUGCUACAAAUGAUCACACGUCUGUCUUUUCCUCUUUCUCCAAAGUCAUUCCUACCACUACAGUACUGGUCACUGCCGUGUACUCGUCAUCAGCGUCCUCAUUGGUUUCUGAGCUGACCCCCUCAUCUCUGCCUACAGAGCCGAUCUUUGUGGGCCCGUCAUUCACACCCACAGACCUACCGAUGAACACCUCCACUGAACUGAGCACAUCUAAUACCAGUGCUGCCCCUGAUAAUACCAUUGGCACCACCCUGAACAGCAAAACUGCAAGUCAGAAUCCCCACAGAAGCAGCACGACGCUCCCCCUGCCAUCCCUUCAUCCGGUGAUCACCCCCACUCCUCAAGCACCAGUUGAUACUCCAGCACUGGUCACCACCAAGCUGCCAUAUGUAUGUGAUAUUACAGUUCCUGAUGCCUAUUUGAUCACAACUGUGCUGGCCAGAAGAGCCGUGCAGGAGUACAUCAUCACAUCCAUCAAAGAGGUGUUGAGGAUUCACUUCAAUCGUGCCGUGGAGCUCAAGGUUUAUGAAUUAUUCGCUGAUUUCACUUUUCUGGUAACAUCUGGUCCUUUUGUGUACACGGCAAUAUCAGUCAUAAAUGUACUUAUAAAUAGUAAACUUGUACGUGACCAAACUCCUUUAAUCCUGGCUGUGAAACCUUCCUUCCUUGUGCCAGAGUCCAGGUUCCAAGUCCAAACAGUACUUCAGUUUGUGCCUCAGAGUGUGGAUACUGGCUUCUGCAACUUCACCCAGCGCAUUGAGAAAGGCCUGAUGGUAGCUCUCUCUGAAGUGAGAAAACACCACCAGGGGACGUACAACCUCACGGUGCAGAUCUUGAAUAUCACCGUGGGUUCUUCAAGGGUGGCUCCUCGGCGGGGCCCAGUGAACAUCGUCUUUGCUGUGAAAGGCUCGCAGGGGUUUCUGAAUGGGUCGGAAGUGAGCGAGCUGCUCAGGAACUUGAGUGUGGUGGAGUUCAGCUUCUAUCUGGGAUACCCGGUGCUACAGAUCGCCGAGCCCUUCCAGUACCCACAGCUCAACUUAUCUCAGUUGUUGAAGUCCUCUUGGGUGAGAACAGUCCUCCUGGGCGUCGUUGAGAAGCAGCUCCAGAAUGAAGUGUUUCAAGCUGAGAUGGAGCGCAAACUGGCCCAGCUGCUCAGUGAGGUUUCCACCAGAAGGCGGAUGUGGAGAAGGGCCACCGUCACUGCCGGGAACAGCGUGGUGCAGGUGGUAAAUGUGUCAAGGCUGGAGGGAGAUGACAAUCCCGUGCAGCUCAUCUACUUUGUGGAGGAUCAAGAUGGAGAAAGACUCAGUGCAGUCAAGUCUUCAGACCUGAUCAACAAGAUAGAUGUCCAGAGAGCAGCCAUUAUCUUGGGUUACCGAAUUCAAGGUGCUGUUGCCCAACCCGUGGACAGGGUAAAGAGGCCGUCCCCAGAGUCCCAGAGCAGCAACCUCUGGGUCAUUGUGGGCGUGGUCAUUCCAGUGCUGGUGGUGAUGGUGAUCGUCGUCAUCCUCUACUGGAAACUCUGCCGCACGGACAAGUUGGACUUUCAGCCUGACACGGUGGCCAACAUUCAGCAGCGUCAGAAGUUGCAGAUCCCUAGCGUCAAGGGCUUCGAUUUUGCUAAGCAGCAUCUGGGUCAGCACAAUAAAGAUGACAUCUUGAUUAUUCAUGAGCCAGCACCACUGCCAGGCCCUGUGAAGGACCACACCACGCCCUCUGAAAACGGAGAUGUGCCGAGCCCCAAGGCGAAGAUCCCGGCCAAGAACGUCCGUCACAGAGGAAGAGUUUCUCCCUCAGAUGCCGACUCUACAGUGAGCGAAGAGUCCAGCGAUAGGGACGCAGGAGACAAGACGCCAGGAGUGGUGAACGACGGGCCACCGCCCCCCAGUUCAGGGAAUGAGCAGCACUCGUCAGCCUCCAUCUUUGAGCACGUGGACAGGAUCUCCCGCUCCUCAGAGGCCAGUCGGCGGGUCCCCAGUAAGAUCCAGCUGAUUGCCAUGCAGCCGAUCCCAGCUCCCCCAGUUCAGCACCCCAUACUGGCUGACCGAGUGGCAGAAACCAACAAAAUUAACAAAGAGAUUCAGACGGCGCUGCGACACAAGUCGGAGAUCGAGCACCAUCGGAACAAGAUCCGGCUCCGCGCCAAGCGCCGCGGCCACUACGAGUUCCCGGUGCUGGACGAGCUGUCCUCGGGCGACACGCGCGAGCGGCACCGUGUGUACCGCCGGGCGCAGAUGCAGAUCGACAAGAUCCUGGACCCCACGGCCAGCGUGCCCUCCGUGUUCAUAGAGCCCCGGAAGAGUUCGCGGAUAAAGCGUUCUCCCAAGCCACGCCGGAAACACCAGGUCAACGGCUGCCCUGGAGAUGCCGAGAAGGACAGGCUGAUCACCACAGACAGUGACGGCACUUACAAAAGGCCCCCUGGCGUCCACAACUCUGCCUACAUUGGCUGCCCAUCCGAUCCCGACCUCCCGGCAGAUGUGCAGACACCGUCUUCUGCUGAGCUGGGGAGGUAUCCAGGCCUGCCCUUCCCGGCCUCCCAGUAUGUCCCGCCCCAGCCGUCCAUUGAGGAGGCGCGCCAGACCAUGCACUCUCUCCUGGAUGACGCUUUUGCCCUCGUGGCCCCCAGCAGCCAGCCUGCCAACGCUGUGGCUGCAGGCCCCGGGGUCCCAGCCGGCCUGCCUGUGAACAGCACUCCUUCCCGGGAAGAGAGGCGAGCCACUCAAUGGGGAUCCUUCUACAGUUCAGCUCAGACAGCCAACAACCCAUGCAGCAGAUAUGAAGACUAUGGAAUGACUCCCCCUUCAGGCCCAUUGCCGAGACCAGGUUUUGGCCCCGGUUUGCUGCAGUCUUCGGAGCUGGUGCCUCCUGAGCCCCAGCAGCCACAGGCGUCAGCUGAUGCCCCAUUUGCUGCCCGAGGGAUCUACUCCGAGGAGAUGCCGUCAGUGGCCCGGCCUCGGCCCGUCGGUGGCACCACAGGCUCCCAGAUCCAGCACCUGACGCAGGUGGGAAUUGCGAGCAGAAUUGGAGCUCAGCCAGUGGAGAUCCCAGCGAGCAGAGGUGCCCAGUACGGGGGACCAGGCUGGCCUUCGUACGGGGAGGAGGAAGCAGGGCGCAGAGAGGCCACACACAUGCUCGGCCAUCAAGAGUAUUCUUCUUCACCGCUGUUCCAGGUGCCAAGGACUUCAGGCAGGGAGCCCUCAGCUCCUCCCGGGAACCUCCCACACAGGGGGCUGCCAGGCGCCGGGCUGGCUUACCCUACCAGCUCCACGGAAGACCUCCAGCCCAGCCACUCCUCAGCUUCUCUCAUCAAAGCGAUCCGUGAGGAGCUCCUCCGGCUCUCCCAGAAACAGACCGCCGUGCAGAACUUCCACAGCUGAUGGGCCUCGCCUUGCAGAUUUGCCAAGUAUCUGCUUCCCGUGGAAGCAAGACUAAAAGGAAAUCAGCUGAAUGGGUGUUUGUAAGAGGACGAGCAUCUCCUGGACUAGGUGCCCACGUCAAGGAGCAAGUUGCAAUUUUAGAGGAUGCCAUAAGUCACGUGACAGCUCAUGAUGCUUUUAAAUAAGUUGGCAAUUUUGUGACCACUUGGGUUCAAUCGAAAUUUACAUACUUUGGGCCAAAAGCCAGCAGCACUUCACGAAAGACAAACCACAAACCUAAGCUAACAAAAUUACCAAGUUAGUCUUCUUUUUAAAGGCAAAAGAUGAAAAUGUGUAGAGGGUCUAGGGAUUCAAGGAUCCAGCAUUUCCGGGGGAAGAUGUGAUUCAGACUGGUUUGUACGAUGAACCUGCUGCUUUGUUUUCUGAGAAAAGAGAUUUGAAGACAUUUUAUUAACAGCUUGAUUUCCCUCUUUUUCUCCAUAGGAACUUAUUUUAAUAGUAAUAUUAACAACAAGAAUACUAAGACUGUUCGGGAAUUUAAAAAGCUACUAGUGAGAAACCAAAUGAUAGAUUGUAGAGCCUGAGGAUUCCAAACUGAAGCCAUCAUCUGCAUUUUCCUUCUUCUUCUGGUGCUACAGCUCCGAGAGCCCCUUCUCGUUAUGUGUGUGAAAUGCAACUUUGGCUUUAUCAACGGAAGAAUAUGUUGAAGGUUUCAUUUUGUUCUAGAAAGAAAAAAAACCCUUCCCAAUCAGGGGAGGAAAGCUUAGUAUUUAUUUGGUUAUUCAAAAUACAUAUCAAAAUUUAGAUUUACAUUCUUCAUUGUAUUUGCUGUUAAUUCACUGGGCACGUGCAACUGCCGAUAGCAUCCCGUUCAGCACGUGCCAGCAUUAAGGCCAGUCCUGUAGAAUGAGGCUCUCAGGAGGUCCUAACCCGUCCUUGCACUUUGCUGGUGAGUUGCUCACAAACUGUUUGAAUGAAAAAUCUUACAUAAGCAAAACUUCUUUUUAAAACUUCCUCAUACCACCGAUUGUUAUUCAUGAAUACGUUCCUAGCAAUCUAAUUCUCUGUGUUCGACACCUGGAGAUGAGACUGUGGUUCAGUCUCUCGGUAAUGAAUCAAGAAAUGUAAAGAGGAGCUUUGAGACUGUGAGGGAAGGAGAGAGCUGCUCCGAAUUCCUCAUUCUGUUGUGCGUGACGCUGCUGAGUGACUGUUAGAACCAUCUGAUGUACUUUGGCCCUGACAGAGGGUAUCAUCUCAAUUGAGAUUUACUCCUGAAGUAACCAUUUCCCCACUUCCCAAAUUAGAAUAAGAAAUAUAACAACCAGGGCUUCUCUGUUUCCCAUGAGCUAAGUGAAAUUCAGGAGAAAAACAGACCUGGAGAACAGAUUUCCACUAUAAUAAUCCUCUUUUUUAAAUCAACUAAUACUUUUAAUUAAACAAUAGAUAAACAGGCAGAAUUUGGGGCUCUGAGUAAUCAAAAUCUGUGCAUCUGUGCCAAAUUUAAGAACCCUGAAACAGCUAAAAUAGGAUUCCAAAGUGUCAGCAUUGGGUUCUGGAAUCAUGUUUCAGCGCCUCCUUAAUUAAGCCGGUCAUACAAACCUGUAGUUUAGGGAAAAUUGGUUCUGGGAAGUUCAAAUGUAGUCAUUUCCUAUCUGUGCCCCUCUGAAAGAGGAGUGGGCAGGAGAAGGGUCUCUCCAGGAUGUUAAAUAAAGGAAUGAAACUCCUUUUCAGGCAGUCCUCACAGGCCCCAAAGAGCGUGGGAGAGAAGACCCUCCUCUGGGCUUGGUUCUUAGCUCUUGGUCUUGGUUUAAUACCAGACUUUCCCCCAAGUGGAGGAUUCUCUUUGCAAUGUCCACCAGAAAUAUCAGGUUUCCUGAAUGUUAUUAAGAAUUUCAACAUCCCACAACUAGAAGGACCUGCAACUAAGAUAUACAACCAUGUAUGGGGGGGCGGUUUGAGGAGAUAAAGCAGAAAAAAAAAAAGAAUUUCAGAUAGCCAAGCAGAAUUUUAUCUAACAGUGAAUUCAGAUCAUGUGACAGCUAAUGGAAUAAAUGCAGGCCCCUCUUCUUCCAUUCUACUCAAGGUCUUAAGUGUUUGCACGCAGAGUGUACUAAAAAGGGUCACCUCCCUUGUAUGUUGCAGAAACGGGCCUCUGUUUUAAAGGGAGCUGCGAUAGCAAUUUUGAUGCCUUUCAAACGAGCAUAAAAGGAUUCUACCUGUAUUGUUAUUCUUAGAAUUGGUACACUUUUAUACCGUUUCAGGACCAAAGGUAACGUAUAAUAAACAACCAGUGGUGGUGAGUGGUGUGGUUUGAGCAGGCCCUUGGGUUCACCAGCACUCUUGUGUUGGCCGUGAAGCACACUCAGUUUGCACUUGUCGCUAAACACCUGCCCCGGCAGUUUUACCCAUCACCGAACUCAGAACAGACUCUCUGUCCUGGGUACCACCAUGCUCAGAUGGGUCUUCAGACACUCAGUUAAUGUGAUCCACCUGAAAGAAAGGUCCUCAAGUUGGUUAUCAUGUAGCUUUGGAGUUCCAUAUAUUGAAGCACUCUCAAAUGAAAAAUUAAAUGUUAUGUCUAUUCUUUUUUCCUGUUUUAAAAGUUUUAGUGGUAAUAACACGAGCUAUAAAUUUGAGUCAGAGUUUUAGAGAAGAUUGGAGAAAUGAUCAUUUGCAGAGUCUACUUUGUCACUCAUUUGCUGUGUCAGGUCCCUUCUCUGAGCCUCAUUCUCCCUAUCAGCCAAACGAGGACAGACCUCCCUGGCCCCCUCCCAGGAUUUCUCAUUGUGAGAAUCAGCUGUGAUGGUCAUGUGUGCAAACGUCCCCUGUGGAGGGAGCACAAAGCACUGUGAAAUGUACAAUGUUAUCUGUGUGGUUCUGCUGGGAUGGACAAUGUGAUACACUAUGAUCUACUGGUGAAUGAGUUCACAUGGAGGUAACCAGAGCAAAACUAAAGGCCCCCUGUGACUCCUCUUCCUCUCGCCUGUUUUGCUUUAAAUUCACUUCCUUCACCUUUAACUUUCAAACAGCAUUUAUUAAACAUCUUUCUGCUGCUGAUUUUCUGCUGUUUCCGGCACCAAAUAAGUCAACAUUGAGCCCUGCCUUCUGCAAUCUUAGAAUCUAAGUCAGAUAACACAGACGGGUAUAAAAGAUGGACGAUACAGAUAAGUACAAUGGUUUAAAUAUCAGUAAAAUGCAUUGAAAGUACACAAGUGCAUUAGGUAUCAGAAGAAGAUGUGGAAGUGGCACAUUUGGAAGUGGUGGGCUCUUGGGGAGGAGUCAACUUCGGAAGCUACUUUACUGAAGACGGGGGGAGCCGCCCGGGCACAAGGCGAGAUGGUGUGCGAAGAGCCAAGAGGGGGCCUGGGGAAGGAUGUAGCAAGUGGGUGAAGCUGUCAUUGAAAAUGAAUUUGAUCUGCUACAAUAUGAGGAUGAAAUCCCUAACCACGCUGUUUAGGGAGUUUCAAUAAAAGGAGAGGAGGAAGUGUUCCUAUGAGGAUAUGUUUGCAGUAAGACAGCAAGAAAAUGACGAGGUUGUGAAGAAAGUCUACAGAGGAAGAGAUCCGGGCUGGAGGAGCGGAGGGGAGAGUCCCAAGAACCGCUGAAGGAGCAAAUGUAAAGUAUGGAGAGAGUGCUAAGUAUUCCACCGAGGGUUACUGCUUAGAGCAGAUCUCAGUGGUCAGCAUUCAGCACAUUAAAUCCUUUGUGGAACAUAGUGGGUUAUAAAGAAAUGUAUUUGACUUCUUUACAGCUACCUACACAUUUUUCUCCAAAUUUUAUUUCAGAGUCUGUUUUGAUUUUGGUGGCACGUGGCUCUUGAGCAGCAGCCUAAGCGGGUUUUUGCCAACCAGAUUUUCAGGGCAUGAGGCCUGUGAUGCAGAGCACAGGUGAGGGUACGCCUGAAGGCUUUGGGCUGAAACAAGGAAUUCUGUGCUUUACGAGCCUCCCAUUUAACUGUGUACAGGGUCAGUGUUUACUGCAUUGGCACAACCUCUUCGUGCUCUAGCGACCAAGCCGAUCACUCGGACGCUGAUUUGCAUUUGCAGUGAUUCACAGGUUAAUCAUUAAAUUUCUCUGUCCCUUUCAUACUAGAUUCUUAGCCAUGAAUGAAUUUGUCAGUUGGAAGGAAAGCGGGAUAAGGUUCUGGGCCGGGGGGAAGAGGGCUCUAGUCUUAACUACCAUGCUGACUUCAGUGCUAGUUGAGUUUUAGCCAUUUCAUUUCUACCUCCAGAGCAAGUCUCCAAAGCCAGUCUCCAGAGCCUGCUUAUCCACGUUUGUCCCCGACAGGAGUGUGGGGAAGUCCACUUCUCUACCUGAACAUAGACCAUUUGAACCCAAAACACGUUUUUAUGGGAUGGUAACUUGAACUUCAUUUUUGCAUUUCAUCCAACACGUUAACAGAUAACAGGUGAGAAGAGUUUCUAUGAGCAACUGCUGUAACAUACUCAUAAAAGGUAAUAGGCUUGCACCCAUCACCCAAUGAACAAGGAGUGUGUAUAUUUCAGGUUUCUUUUGAUAUUCUUGGAGGUGAUUUUUUCUCUAGUAUUAAGAAGACUUGAAAACUGAAACCUCACGGUACGAUCCUAAUUCCAUGCUGUGUGUGUAACAGGACACUUGAGAAUUUAUCUUAAGAACAUGCAGCAGCAUUGAAAUUUAGGAAAAGAAUAUUAAAUGCCUUUGGAAAGAUGAAACAAAGUUAGGAACCGGCGAGCGAGUGAGGGAAGGAGUGAAUGUCCUAAUUGGAGGCACUCUAGUCCGGAUGAGUUUCCUACAGGGUAGGUAAUUCUGCCGUUCCUUGCUUUUCCUUCUUGCUCCAGGUUUUCCUGCUCUGGGGCCACUUCACAUUUAAAGAAAGAGUGAAUAGGUAGAAGGGACAGAGAUGGAAAUGUAAGUGAUGUGAGUCUCUGAUUCCAUGGAACCUUUCUGGACAAGUUGGAGCAUCGUAGUCUCAUGCCCACCAGAUUUCAAGCAUUCGUAACUCGACUCCCUAAGUGUGCCAGUUAGGGAUAGUACAGGGCCAGGUUCAAGCCAGAUACCCUGUACUGGUCCUCCUGGACCUGUGGGGCAAGGAGGAGGCACGAGGGAUGGAGGCUCCACCAAUUAGCUCAGUUGCUCUAAGCACCAGAGGGCUUGGUUCAGAAAAGGGGAGGAAGAACUCAACUUUGCCGUCCCUCAGAGCAUCGUGGAGGGAGCAUGGAGACUGGGCCAGCGUUGUCCUUACGGGAAAGGGGGGCUGAGCAGAGCCGCUCUGGGAUGCCCGCUUGUCUCCUCCUCCUUUGUCAAGGUCCAUGUUCUUCUGACUCUUUCUGCACUCUCGUUCCUAGAUUAUGAGUGUUAAUGUACGAAAAUAUGCAGAGUAAAUUGAGGCCCCUUGGGGCCUCAAUACUGCAACUUGAACUUGACAAUCAUGGUUUGCUGGUCUCAAAUGGACACUUAAACUUCAGUAUGGGUAUAUGAUUUAGUAAUUGAACCCUCCCUUCUAUUUGUCGGUUAUGUUUCUACCCUUCAAUUAGCUGCACUGUUUUCUAAUGUGCUGUAGAGUUUUUGAAAUAAUUUAUGCAAGUGUUUGGUUUCCAUGUUUACAAUUUAUACAGCUUUCCUAGCAUUUUAAAUGGAAAUGUCAAUAAAUGCUAUGAAUUGGUGUCAAAUGA